CUCACUUGUUCCCUUUGCGCGUCUUCCACUCCCCGCAAGCAUGGCGUCCCUUCGCACAUCGGUCAGGAGCACUGGCUCGCUUUUCAACCGAGCGUGUACGCGUCCAGUUCCCGCACAGCGAUUGCUCGCACAGCAGACGUGGCGAUCGCUUUCCACAGCAGAUCAGCAGCAGAAGCUGCUGUCCUCCAAGCUCGAUGAGGCCGAUCCGACCGUUUACGAUAUCAUCCAAAAGGAAAAACGACGACAGAAGCACUUCAUAAACCUGAUCCCCUCGGAGAAUUUCACGAGUCAAGCAGUGUUGGACGCGCUGGGAAGCGUCAUGCAAAACAAAUACUCGGAAGGAUACCCAGGUGCACGAUACUACGGUGGAAACGAGCACAUCGACGAGGCGGAGCGACUAUGUCAACAGCGUGCAUUGGAGACCUUUGGUCUGAAAGACUCGGAGUGGGGCGUCAACGUACAACCUCUGUCCGGCUCGCCAGCCAAUCUCUACGCCUACUCCGCUGUACUCAACGCCCACGACCGGAUUAUGGGCCUCGAUCUGCCUCAUGGUGGCCACCUGUCCCACGGCUACCAACUCCCAACGAAGAAGAUCUCCGCAAUCUCCAAAUACUUCGAAACAUUACCAUACCGCUUGGACGAGAGCACAGGAUUGAUUGAUUACGACCGAUUAGAAGAGAUGGCAAUGCUGUACCGACCGAAGAUCAUCAUCGCUGGAACGAGUGCAUACAGCAGAUUGAUCGACUACAACCGGUUCCGCGAGAUUGUGAACAAGGUGGGCAACUGCUACUUGCUAAGCGACAUGGCGCAUAUUUCUGGUCUGGUGGCAGGCAAGGUCAUCCCUUCACCGUUCGACGUCUCAGAUAUUGUCACCACAACUACACACAAGAGCUUGCGAGGGCCACGCGGAGCCAUGAUCUUCUUCCGCAAAGGAGUCCGCAGCGUCGACAAGAAGGGAGUCGAGACAAGGUACGAUCUCGAGGGUCCCAUCAACUCUUCAGUCUUCCCAGGCCACCAGGGAGGUCCUCAUAACCACACCAUCACCGCAUUGGCUGUCGCGCUUAAGCAAGCGCAGCAACCCGAGUUCAAGGAAUACCAGAAGACCGUGCUCGAGAACGCUCAAGCCUUCGCCCAAAGAUUAGGAGGCAGCAAAGAUUCCGACGGGCUCGGUUACACCAUCGUCUCCGGCGGAACCGACAACCACCUUGUCCUCAUCGACCUCAAAGACAAAGGCAUCGAUGGCUCUCGUGUUGAGCGAGUGCUCGAGCUCGUUGGCGUGGCGUCCAACAAGAACACCGUGCCAGGCGACAAGUCUGCAAUGAAGCCCGGUGGACUUCGCAUGGGAACACCAGCCAUGACGACCAGAGGAUUCCAGCCGACGGAUUUCAAGCGUGUGGCCGAUAUCGUCGACCGGGCCGUGACCAUCGCCAAGACGCUUGACGUGAAGGCGAAGGAGGCGGCAGAGAAGAGUGGCAGGAAGAACCCGGGUAGCGUGAAUGCCUUCAGGGAGUUUGUUGGUGAGGGUGAGGAAGUGCCUGAGAUUGUGGAACUGAGGAGGGAGGUGGAGGAGUGGGUGGGCACAUUCCCACUGCCGUGGAUCGCAGAGAAGUCAUAG